AUGCCAGCAGAUUGGAAACCUCACGAGGAAAACGUGCUGCUUGCUUGGCUCGAUUAUAGCCUGCUGAAAGCGGACGGAUUUAGGUAUUUUAAGGAGUCAGUGUCGGCGCACCUCAGCAAAGAAUGCAACACCAGCUACAGCUACGAGCAAUGUAGAGCAAAAUUAUAUCGGUUUUGGAAUUACCUCGGUGAUGAUGACUCUGCAAAAGUGGCCGACUUGUACAAACAAGGGUCGGAUUGUCUUGGUUACCUCCCGCCUGAAAGAAAAAAACUCAUCUCAGAGAAAGUGGCUGACCUGAACGGUCGAGAUGUCGAUUCUCCGCGACGGUUGAGGAGCACAUCUCGAAUAAGUGAGAUUACCUUACAGAGUCAUGUUGACGAGCACGGGGCUGCAUCUGCAAAGAAAGGCAAAACACACUACCGCCGCCUGUCUAAGUUACCAGUUCCUUCUGUUGUUAUACCGUCGUCAAAUCCUGGUACUGCGCAUCAUGAUGAUCGGCCUGGGAAAAGAAGGCGCCUUUCUAAUCUGAAAUACCGCACCUUGUCUCAAAAUCGCGAAUCAAAGACUGGGUAUACUUUAUCCACAUCUGAAGGGUCUUCUGUAGCCUCUGAGGAAAUCGCCAGCGAUGACGAUCAGAUCCCUAUUCCAAGGACAAAAGAUCAUAAUGAGGGAAGAGCUUCGAAUUGUCGGUUGAAGGCCGAGCUGGAGAAUCUCAGAACAGAAUUUGAAGCAUUGAAAGAGCGCGUGGAGCUGAUGAACGAUAUCCACCGUUCACUCACAGUGUCUUUGUAUUCCAGUCUACUCCAAGCCGAAGGCCGCCACAGAGAGGACGAAACCCGAAUAAACUGCUUGAAAAAUACCGAUAAUUCUUUACCGUAUCGACAAUUGGAAUACCAGGCAAAAAAGAUUGCGACCCUGCAGGAGAAGUUGGACAAGGCAAGACAUCUUCGCAGAUUUACCCAGCUUGCGUCGACUGAAGAGAUACGAUCAUGGACAGGCGAGAAUGUUCGUCAGGAAAUGAGUUCUAUGGGCUAUCUGGCGAAGCAGUUGCUGUACGGCCACGACAAUGUUGACAAUUUCGAUCCCCCUGAUAUCGACAACUAUAAAGAUCUGAGGACUCUUGUUCAAAAGGGCCUAGGUGUGAGUUCGCAGGCUCAAUUGUCUGCGGAUACCGUCCUAGGCCUGUUGGCUAGUUUCAGCCUGCAGGCUAUUGUUCGAUGUCUCACUUUCGCUGCUAUAUGCGAGUGGGUUUUGGAGGCCGAUAUUCACGGAAUGAUAUUUACCGAAUCAGUAUUGCUGGAGGAAUAUAAGGCUCAUCUCAGAAUGAGAGAUGGAGAAACAUCUCUUCGAAAUCUAGAUUUUGCCGCGCAUCAUUCGCUUUUGAAUGGAGAAUUAUUCCAGAAACAUAUCAUUCCACAAAGGGCCGAGUCUCUCGCUCACCGAUUCUUGAAGACGCUCUCUCCGUUUUUCGUCAAUGAGAAAGGUGAAGAGAGACUUCAAGACAGACCAUGCCAAGGUUCUUCUCUUGACUAUUUUAGUACUUGGGGAGUAGAGCAGCAAAUCUGGGAGCCCAGGAGACAGAAACUUAUCAAGAUUUUUUGGACUGCUCUGAAAUUGAAAUGUCAAUUUAUAACUAGUAAUGACCAAUUCGAAGCAGUCUUCUACUCAUCUCAUACUCCCUUCGAUCCAAGCCGCAUGAUACCAGAGACAAUGCAAGGAAGUGUCAUAAGGACCGCUGACGUUGCUUCGCAAACUAUAGAUGUCAAGCUUUGUUUGCUACCAUCACUAUACGUUUGGAAGCAUGACUGUGCGCAAGUGAUACAGAAAAACUUUGUAUGUCGUUUGGCUUCUGAGAGACAGGAAUCCGAACGACUCACAGAAGCACUGGUGGUUGUGACGACUCCAUGA